CAGUCAGCACUCGGGUGGGAAGGAAGGAAGUUGCCGUGAGAAGUUUGAACACGUUUUGAACAGCUGAGGGUGACAGCAGCAACAGUCAGUCAGUGGAGAAAAUCCUGUCCGGCUGCCUGUCAACGCUCACCUUCGCCGUUGCCUUCCGCUCCACGCAGCAUGUCCUUCCUCCUCAUGAAAAAGAAGAGAUUCGAGUUUAAAGUGGACUUCGACUUGGAGGAGCUGUCGUCAGUUCCUUUUGUCAAUGGCGUUUUGUUUUGCAAAGUUCGCCUCGUACACGGUAACUUCGUCCAAGAGUCUUCUCGGGAGCCCGUCCAAGCCAACUGUGUGCGCUGGAGGAAGCGAUUCUCCUUCGUGUGUAAGAUGAGCGCCAAUGCUAGGACAGGUGUACUGGAUCCGUGUGUGUGUCGGGUGUCAGUGCGCAAGGAAUUAAAGGGUGGGAAAGCAUUUGCAAAGCUGGGCUUUGCCGAUUUAAACCUGUCUGAGUUUGCUGGGUCAGGCAGCACUAUAAGAAGAUGCCUCCUGGAGGGAUAUGAUACCAACAAAACUAGACAGGACAAUUCAAUUCUCAAGGUUGUCAUCACAACACAACUCAUGUCUGGAGACCCCUGUUUUAAAACCCCCUCAUCUACAGCCAUGACAUUGGGUAUACCACAAGCUGAGUCUGAGUGUCUCCUCGAAGAGCGAAAGGGGGGAGAUAUGCACACAUGCCAUUCAGCAACAGGAACUCCAGUCCCUGAGGAAAGGCUUACCGGUGGUCACACCAGAACAUCCAGCUACACCAGUCAACAGUCCAAAGUCUCAGGGUACAGCUCAAAUCAUUCGAGUUCACCAGACCUGAGCCAUCGGAGGAACGCGUCAGGAGGUUCUGCCUCAAUAGGCAUCGACAGCAUCCCAGAGCCCAGUGAGCAGCAGGCAGAGAGAGCAGAUAAGGAGAGCCGGUCCUCUCCUCCAAAGCCCGCGAGCUGCCAUCAUACUACGGAACAGAACUCCACAACUGCCAAUGCUUCAAGGCAUCCAGUCAAGCAGAACUCAAUGGAGAAUCAGCUAACGAGGGUAAACGCCACCAGGGUCAAUGCAGAUGACAUCAUUGACAAGCUCCUGCAGGGCCAGGAUUUCAGUCACAGUAUCUUGGACUCCAGUAUGGAGGAGGAAGGACUGAGCUUGUUUGUCGGUCCUGGCGGCAGCACAGCUUUGGGAAGUCAGUACACUCGGGUCGCAUCGGGAGCAUUUGAGCAGGUGGUGAUGAAGCUCUAAGCUUUGAGAAGCAUGUGAUGUCGUGAAGGGUGCCAAAUUACACUGAUGCGUUCGGAAGACCUUGGAAGUGGCGACAGAAACCGCCCUCUCCUCAUUUCACAAAGAGGGGAGUGUUGUGUAAAAUACAGUACAAAACAGGACAGGAAUUGCCUACAGCAUCUGGACACCAGGAAAGCCCUCUAGGGCCCAACAGUAGUAGAAGGCCACAGUGUACAGGGUUUCGGCAACUGAGCAGGCAUCAGUCAUCCUGGAAUCUAAGUACAUUUUAAGAAAAGGUCAUUAAUAUAAUGAAAACAAAAAUGACUAACGUUCCUUACAAUAUUUGCGUGUAUGUGUUUGUUAAUUCCAUUAUUUGAUGCACUUAUUACUAGUGUUGUGAGUGUGUAGAUGAGCUAGCAUUUCACAGAAUAUAUAUUUUUUUGACAAAACAA